UUAAAACGUAUGCUGUUACACUCAUAAGGCGCAUGUUGAAGCUGGAGCUUGUAUUUCUCUGAUAUGAUGUUGUAGUCAGCUAACAUACAGUCACUUAGCUAAGGUGCAGCAUGAAACCCAUGAUAAUGAGGCAGUGUGUUCUUCAUGGACCCAGUGGAUCAUGUCUCUGAUCCUGUUUGCCUUUGUGGUUCGGGUCAGGGAUGGACUCCCCCUGUCAGCCUCCACAGACUUUGAACACAAUCGAGAGCUCCAGGAGAGGAAGCAGCAGCUCAGGACUAUCAGCAAGGCGCUGGCCUUCUUCCCUGACAGAGGGACGGUCAAGGGCCAGAAGCUCAACAUAUACUUCGUGUCUUCAGAGGGUGUAUCCUACAUGACCGUGUGCCACUGCAGCCUCCCUGUUGCUAAGGCCUUCUGCUUCCUGGAAGAUCUGCGCUGGGAGUUCACUGCAUGCUACAAAAGCACUGUUGUUGCCUUGGCAGCCAGGCCAUAUCCAUUUUUGGAAUUUGACAGCACCAUUCAGAAGCUCAAGCAGCAAUACAACCAGAGUGGUGGUCCUGCCUUAGAGAUCACAUUGGCAGAGGUCCAGCAGGAUCUGCAAAUCCGCCCACCAAAAGUUCUUACCUUGGAGGAAGUGGAGCUAACCAAUGGCACAGCAAAUGGGCAUAUGGAACAAGUUCCUGGAUCUGGUCAGAAUGUAAGACUUGAACCAGUGACAGCACCAGGCAUCCUCUCUCUGGUUCUCAAUAUCAUGUGUGCAUCUUUGAACAUCAUCCGUGGCGUGCACCUCAUAGAGUACACAUUUCAGGAUGAUUAUGAAGGAAUAUGGAACGUUGUCGCAUUUCUUCUGGCAUUUGUCUGCUGUGUUUUUCAGUGCCACCUGUACCUGUUCCAUUCAUCUCUAAAGAAACCCAAGUCCUUCACUCUGUUGAGUGUGAUCGUCUUAUGCAACCUGUACUUGCUUGGCAUGAGAAAUGUGUGGCAGCUGAUCUUCCACAUUUUUGUCGCCUUCCUCUCCACCUUCCUCAUCCUCACUCGCAAACUCCAAGACAGAACCAAUGACUGUGGGGUCUGAGGGGCACACUUGGACACUUGUGUUGCACCUCUCCCACCUCUUUGUGACUCUAAUUUUGAAUACAGGUAAGAACAACAAGGAAGAAAAUGUAGUCGACAUAAGUUAUGAAGGAGUCGUGGAUUUUUAAUGAAUUUUUUUUUUAUGUCAUCAUGGACAAAAUUCGGUAUUUUCUUGUAUACAGUACUUGCACUUUGUGUACAUUGUUUCAAAGACUGUAUAGAGUUUACAGUGAAAUUCAGUUCUUUUCAAAUCCUCAAAAUGAUCAGAUUUUUAAAAAACUACUUGGGAUGUGGUUGAAGGACUACAGUUAGACUUCUCCAAAAAGUUUUUGAAGAAGAGAAAGGAUCAGCAUUUUUCAUGAAGAAAAAUUAAUACUCUCACAGUUGCAGCUCGUUAUGCUUGUGAUUUUGUAACCAAGACACAUUUCUGCACACGUUCAGCUCAGUAUUAUUUCUGCUGCCACAGGCCAUCGAUCAUCUUUGCAUAAACUAAUCAGUUUACAAUGCUAAGAGACAUAUUGUGAUUGUAAUAGACAUUUAGGGAUGGGUAUCCAACCUAAAUAACCCAGCACUAAGUAGUAUCCAAACUUCUCUAGUCAAACGAUACCUGCAUUUGAUCCUUUUUGUACCCAGAUCUAGAAAAAAUGUGUUAUUUGUAUGGUUUUGCUCCCAGCCAAUCACCACAAGUGUUCUUCGAGGCGUGUGAUUGGCCCGCUACCACAGCAGCUACAACUCAUACAACAUUUGUGUGGUGAUAAUACGUCGUUUUACAGUUUUGUACAGUUAUUCAAUACAUAUUUGAAUAUUUUCAAAACAUAUUCAUGUAGAAGUCAUUUGGAUGGGGAGGAGUGGUGGCAUUUUACACAACUGAAGGCUUCCAUUCAUGUGUUUAGAAUGAAGUAGAAAACAAUUACUCUAUUGGUAUCAGUAUCACUUUAAGGGUACUGGCAUUUGUACUGGUAUCGUAAUUUUUUAAAAUUAUACCCAGCCCUGCAAGCAUUAGGUUUUACCUUUACAAUAGGUAUAUGUGACUGAUUAGCACAUAAUCAGGUAGUCCAUCUCACAUUGGUGUCAGUGUGAUAUUAACAGUAAACAAUUUAAUGUAGUUUGAAGAUCAGUGAGAGUGAAGUAAAAUGAACAAUGCAGCUGUUUUAAUUUGUUUUCAAUUACUUGCUCAUUACUAGGCUAUAAGAUACAGUAAUAUAUGGUGCAAGUAUGGGGUCUUUCCAUGCCUUACUGUGUGACAAUGCAAAUGUAGUCGAUUGUUUUAGUUUUAUGUACAGAUACACCUGCAAGUGCUCUGCUAGUUAUUGCAAAGGUUCAAAUCUAAGGGCUCCGUUAAUAAAGUAGCUUAAUAGAAAUGAUAUUCUACAUACUGUAAGGCAAUGAUAGCUGUGUACAGGAAGAUGUUGGGUAUUUAUUUUAAACUUCAAAACAGUUAUUGGUCUGAGGAAAAUGGUUUCAUAUCAAAUCAAGCUCUUUUUUUGUACGAUCAAAGCAAAUUUAUAUAUUUUAAUUUGUCUGUUCCAUCUUUGUCUAUUGUGUUUUUAAAAAUGUUAACUGCGGGGUAAUAUGAAAGCACUGAUUUGAUGGGUUGCAUAUUAUUGAAAUAUUGACUGCACUAUUAGUUUUUAGCUUUUUUUUAUUUGUGUUAGGGUAAAGCAAUUGUUCUUGAAUGUGUUCCAUAUCAGGUUCUGCUAAAGAUUAUAUUUAUAUCCUGAUUCUUUUUUCUUCUUUUUUUUCGUCUACUGUAUUGCUCCAUAGUUGUAGUUCUUCUUCUAGCCCUAGUUAUAAACUUAAAUCAUACAUCUGGGAUAUAGAAUACUUUAUAGUAGUGCUGCUAAAUGAAUUGGCUGAGUAAUGAUGCUAAGUCUCAUCUUAGUUCAGUUUUGUAAAACUUUUUGUGUAUUUAGCUUCUAAGGUAUUCCAUUUUUUUCUUGUCAAAAAGCCGCAAUUGAUAUCUGUUAAGUGAAAGAAAUUAAUUAUUAGUCAAUAAUGUUUUGGCUGAAGUGGAAUUGUACAUAAUCCGUCCUUUUCAUCGAACUUGUCCCAUGUUCUCUUAUUAUUAUCAAGAAAGUUAUAGGCAUUUUUAAGGAAAGCAAAAGGGUAACAUCUCAUCCGACAAUCUAAACAUCCUUCACUGAAAAGUAGCAAUAGUUUAGAAAAGUCACAAAGAUGAAGGACAUUUAAAUGUUUUCACUGGGAGUGUAAAAUGUAGUGUAGCUGCAGAUCGAUACGACUGAGGCUUUUAUUAGUAAAGUUUCAGUGUAUUCUUAAUUAGACUGCUAUUCAGAAGUUUGGAAAAUAAGGCGGGCUCAACAAACAGCUUAUUGAUGCUGUUUAACUACAUGAUUAAGGCAUAAAAUCGUUUAAAUUGAGUUUCUUUUGUCAGGGUUCUCAUUAAUUUCAUUUUUGGUGAUUGAAAACCAUAAAUAAGUGUAACUUUAUUUUUUGUUUGGCUGCACGGUAUCUUCUGUGCAGGAUUUUGAAUAUUUGUGAUACAAAGGAGGUUUUACUGACUCACUAUUUUCACUGUAGACUACAAGAAGUGCGUAACUACACGGUUGACCAAAUGAAUUGUAAAAGAAAAUGAUGCCAUCAAUAUUUUUAAGGUAUAGAACCAAAUAAGGUGCAGGAGAUAAUAAAACUUGAAAUAAAAAUGAAGAAUAAAUAUGUUCUUUAUGAAGGUUUAAAAUAGUAAAAAUGCACUAUACAAUUGAAACCUUCUUUUAUUGACAUCUGUAGUCUUUAGUCUGAACCUUGUUUCAUUCAGAAGAAGUAAGUUACAGUAUUUGUAUCUAAUUAGACUCACAUAAGGUUGAUUUAAUGUUUUUGUUUGGUUUUUUUGUUUGUUUUUUGUGUUGCUGCAGCUUGUUUAUAAUGAUGGGAAGUAAUAUAACAAUGUCAUUCAUUGUAACUGCCAAAUACACUGGUGAUUACAGGGCUUUAUUUGUUUUUC